UGUCGCUCCUUUUCAUGGCGAUGCAUGCAGCGAGGCCAGAGGUCAGAGUUCAAUGGUUGACAGAAAGCUGAAUAUGGAUUCCAUAUUUCAUGAGAAACAAGAGGGCUCUCUUUGCGCCCAACACUGCCUCAACAACCUCCUGCAGGGUGAGUACUUCACUCCUGUGGACCUGUCCUCCAUUGCUCAUCAGCUCGAUGAAGAGGAGAGAAUGAGGAUGGCUGAAGGAGGUAUGGGCAGUGAGGAGUACAGGACCUUCUUACAGCAACCAUCUGGGAACAUGGAUGACAGCGGGUUCUUUUCAAUACAAGUAAUUAGCAAUGCACUGAGAGUGUGGGGUUUGGAGUUAAUCCUCUUCAACAGCCGGGAGUACCAGAGCCUGAUGAUUAAUCCAAUAAAUGAGAACGCCUUCAUUUGCAACUACAAGGAGCACUGGUUUACUAUACGCAAACUUGGACAACAGUGGUUUAAUCUGAAUUCACUGUUGACUGGACCAGAGUUGAUAUCAGACACCUAUCUAGCCCUUUUUCUUGCACAGUUACAACAAGAAGGUUAUUCCAUAUUUGUAAUCCGAGGAAACCUCCCAGAGUGUGAAGCAGAGCAGAUUCUUGGGAUCAUGAGGGUGCAGCAGCAGCAGCGACCAAAGCUUAUUGGAGAGGAUGAAGCCCAGACAAGUGCAGGCAGGUCAGCAGCUAUGAACCAGGCAGAAAUGGGCUUUGCUGUGGAGGAUGAGGUUAUUGAUGAAGAUGAAGAGCUGAAGAAAGCUCUGGCACUCAGCAGACAGGACAUAGAUGUGGAAGAUGAAGAAGCUGAUCUUCGCAGGGCCAUACAGCUUAGCAUGCAAGGCGCAGUGAUGAGCAACAAGUCCUCAGAGUCUGAAAUGGGAAAUGUGAAAUCAGGGAGCCAGGCAGCAGGGAGUGCUGCUGGAGGACAAAGAGCCGGCCAGAAUGAGGCUCUCACAGCGGAGGAACUGCGGAAGAGGAGACAAGCCUAUUUUGAUCGGCAGCAGCAACAUGCUCAGCCGAACAAUCCUCAACAACCAGACACAAAAUCAUCAGGUGCCUCAGGAUCAGUAAACACUGGCUCUGAAGAGGACAAACAACAAAAGCCCAGCCAGUGAAGGUGUGCCUGGUUUGCCUAUGUUGUUUACCACCUGCCAGGAUUGGCAACCCCAUACAGGGGUAGCUUUGCUCCUUCCUCUAACCUUUUGCACAUGCGAACAUAAGGACAGUCAGAAGACUGACGCGUUUCCCCUGAUUAGUUCGCUGACAGGCUAUAGAGAAGAGAACAACGACAAAGAAAAGGCAUCGGUUAGUCAAAUCUAACUCAGUGAGACACUGACGCUGGGAAUAGGGUGACCGCAGAACUCAUGAUGCAGUUAAUCCAAGUUUGCAAUUGCCUUGGUACCAUGUCGCCUUCUAUUUCUAUUGUACACUGUUUUUUAUUCUUGUUUUUUCUCUGCAAGAGAUGGAAAUGAAUCUUCAGCAUACAAAGGGUGUGUUUACUUGUUUGGGGUGAAUACAUAUGGAGAUGAUUGUUCUGUGGAAGCCAUAGGAGACCAAUCUAAGGACCACAGAUAAAAGUUUGAUAGAUAAUGACAGAGCCCCCUACCUUUACAUUGGACUUGCGUUUGUCUGACAUAAGAUGUGAUUCCAACAGACGCCCAUCAGAACACCAGUGUAGUUAUGAAAUAGUUUAUUGUAGUGAAAUAUCUUUUAGCCAGCAGCACUAAAAUGUGUGGGUCAUUAAUUCCUGACUUUAUCAAUCAUUUUACUUGUGAAUGUCUAAGAGUGAACUUCCAAGUAGUUAGACAUCAUUUUGAUGUUGUGGCUUUAUGAAUAAGUAGGCAUAAUGAAAUGUAAGAUUGCACAGCUCACAACACUUAUUAACACACACGAUAUUAAGGGUGUUUGUCCAUUUUUGAUGGAUGGUGAACAACAGAAUUCUAUAGAACUAUUGGCUGAGUCUAAGAUGCUUUUGAUUAAUGCAUAUUUUUCAUAUCUUGUCCAGAAUACGUUAACAUGUAAUGGGGAACAAAGAAGCAAUCUGUAACCGCAUGACACUGCAGCUGAUAGAUAUAUACAUAGUUCCUUUUUCCAGCACAGUAUGAUCACUUAAAACCAAAAAAAGUCUGACAUGUCCAACUAGUGACUUCAUCUGUUGUUUCUCUCAUCAGUAUUUGUCUUGAACUCAAUAAGGAAUUCAUGAUAAAGAAACAAAUGUUAAAAUGAUCCUUCUCUCUAUUACAAACCUCAAUAGUUUUACCCUGAAAUACCUUUUUAUUGCACUGAUUUGACUGAUCCUGUAACACCAAUAACACUUUAAGCAAUGUUGUACACAUUAGUUGUGCAGACACAUUUAUUUUUAGUGAGGUUGCCUUGGCUUAAAGCUAUUAAAGCCAUCGGCUGAUUGAUGACCUUCCGAAAUGACAGUCAGAUCGUGAGAAUGAAGGGCAGCUUUUAUUUAACCUCAUUAUUUGUAUAAUUAAAAAUACAAAGAUGGAACAAAACAUCACUUUGAAGAGUUUUUCUCUUGGUUUUAGAAUUGUAUAAAUACCAAUGUCAUAUUACAACAUACAACGUUGAUCAAUAGACCACAUUACAGCAUUUGAACUGUUGAGUUUGUUUACAGUUAUUAUGUUUGCUGGAACCAAUGACUGUUCAGCAUGCAAAUAUCUUGAUGCCUCCACAAAAGUGUUGGAUGUCAUGCAAAGUUUGGCUUCUUGUGCUGGAUCACUUCCAAGAAAAUGUCAUGAUUUCCUGAUUGUUUUCAUUUCCUUUGGAUCUGUUAGGCUUUUUUCUAUUUAAAAUGCACUUGCGAGAGAGUAUUAAAUGUUGGUUUUGGGGUUAUUAUCUUUGCAUUAUUUUGACUCACUGCAUUCUCACAAUAAGUCAUAUUUUUUCUUAUAUUCCAUGUUACCAUAGUACGUUCUUUCAUUUAAUGUAUUAGUUCUUGAUCCAGGAAUAAAGUGACAU